AUCAGUCCCUCUAACCCAAACAAUUAAAAACCGAAACGCAUACAUAGAGAGCCAAUCUCUCACUCUCACUUCCUCCCUCAGAGUCACUCUAAAACCCUAUUUCUUGCUCUGCUCUCUCUCUCUCUCAAGCUUUUACAAUGGACGAGGCGAAGCUGAACCAACUGAAGCAUUUCGUCGAACAGUGCAAGGCCGAUCCCUGCGUUCUUAGCGAUCCUUCGCUCUUGUUCUUCCGCGACUACCUCGAAAGUCUCGGCGCUACGAUCCCUGCCCAUUCUCACAGUCACGGCGAUUCCAAAUCGAAGAGCUAUGUGGUGGAGGAGAGCGACGACGACAUGGCGGAAGCUGAAGCCGCUCAAGUCCAUGUCGAAGAAGAAGAGGAAGAUGAGAUAAUCGAAUCCGACGUUGAGCUCGAGGGCGACACUGUGGAGCCUGACAAUGAACCUCCUCAGAAGAUGGGAGAUGCGUCGGUUGAGGUCAGUGAUGAGAACCGCGAGACCUCUCAGGCAGCAAAAUCCAAAGCUGUCGAGGCCAUUUCAGAAGGUAACUUGGAGGAAGCGAUUGAGCAUCUCACGGAGGCAAUUUUGCUCAACCCUACUUCAGCAAUUAUGUACGGCACCAGAGCUAGUGUGUACAUCAAAAUGAAGAAACCUAAUGCCGCUAUUCGUGAUGCCAAUGCUGCCCUAGAGAUCAAUCCUGACUCUGCUAAAGGCUACAAGUCUCGCGGCAUAGCACGAGCAAUGCUUGGUCACUGGGAAGAGGCUGCCAAGGAUCUUCACUUGGCAUCGAAGUUAGAUUAUGAUGAAGAAAUAAGUGCUGUACUUAAGAAGGUUGAACCAAAUGUGCACAGGAUUGAGGAACACCGUCGGAAGUAUGAUAGGCUUCGCAAAGAAAGGGAGGAUAAAAGGAUUGAACGCGAGAGACAACGCCGCCGUGCUGAAGCUCAGGCUGCGUAUGAUAAGGCUAAGAAGCAAGAGCAGUCAUCUUCUAGUAGAAGGCCAGGAGGCAUGCCUGGUGGGUUUCCAGGAGGAAUGCCUGGUGGGUUUCCAGGAAUGCCAGGAGGCUUCCCAGCAGGCAUGGGUGGAGGGUUUCCAGGGGGCAUGCCUGGAGGCUUCCCAGCAGGCAUGGGUGGUGGCUUUCCAGGAGGAGCAUCUGGAGGUGCAUCUGGAGGUUCGCCUAGGGGUGGUGCGCCUGGGGGUUUCCCUGGUAGCACACCAGGAGGGGUGCCCGGAAAUGUUGAUUUUAGCAAAAUAUUGAAUGACCCUGAACUGAUGUCUGCGUUUAGUGAUCCAGAAGUCAUGGCUGCUCUUCAAGAUGUAAUGAAGAACCCUGCUAACCUUGCAAAGCAUCAAGCAAAUCCCAAGGUGGCUCCUAUAAUUGAAAAGAUGAUGAGCAAAUUUGGAGGACCCAAGUGAAAGUCGAGUUGUCAUGAUGUUUUUGGCAGAUGAACUUUCAAGACUUGAGAUGGUGCGUGACAUUGUGCUAUACAAGACGGUUUCAUGUCCGGUAGCUUGUUAAAAUUCUAUAGCUGUGUUACCAUUACUUUUACAGCAACUCUAAUGGAAUGAUCGUGUUUAACCCUGCAUUAUCAUUGGUUGCCUUGGGCAAGUUUAUCAUAUAUACUGAAGUGUUGAAAAGGGUUUCAGAUUCUUUUGUUCUUAA